AUCAAUGCUUAUGUCCGGCGUGGAUCACGAAAACUGCGUCACACAGAAUCGCCCUGUUUCCUUAUGGUAUGCGGAUCGAAUACAACUUCUAAGGCCGAAGAGCACGCCAUGCGGAGGAUGCUUGCAUCCUCUUCGGCCGAGCUCUGUACUAGCGCAAGCGAGCUGAACAGUGCUUGAUCCUUCUGACCCUAUCCUACAUAUAAUCCACCUCACCUCAAUGCUCCUUUCACAACCACACCCAAUCCUCAUUCUCUUGCGACCGGGUUGGAAACUAUUGAUCAUCUGGCACCGAAGAUGGCCAGCAAAGAACUGAGCACAACAGCGACGAACGCUUCGAACCAAAUUGCUCUGAUAAAUGAAUAUUUGACCGGUCCUCCUGCCCAAGAACUUGUACGCAGAGCUAAGAUCUUCGAACACAAAGACAAUACAGACAGCCAUCCCCUCAACAUCCUCGAUAAUGCCUCUGGCAUCGGCACGUUGAUCUUCCGCGCCCUCAUCCCAAGCCUCGCCAACGAUCAAAUCGGAAGGAUCAUAGCCGGAGACCUUGAUGAAAACUAUCUCUCCUUCCUUCGUGAACGAGCUGAAAGUGCAGGCCUCCCAGCAAAGGUUGAAGCCAUGAAACUCGAUCAGCAGAAGCCCGGUCUCGAAAGCUCCAGCUUCGAUUACAUCUUCAACAAUUUCGGCGUCUUCUUCGCACCGAAUGACGACGCUGUACUGAAAGAGACACUUCGCAUGCUGAAACCCGGCGGCAUUGCAGGGCUCACUUCUUGGCAUAAAAUAUCUUGGUGGGACGAGAUAUUUCUACCGGCGAUGAAACGCCACCUUCCUGAGGCGCCUGCCCUUCCGAAUCCAGCCAAUCUGUUCCCAGCGAAGGGGUGGAUGGAGACGGAGAGCGCGAGGACUAAAAUGGAAGGGGCGGGUUUUGGUGAUGUAAGCGUUGAGAUAUGGAGUUUCACGCCGGAUGUGACCGCGGAGGAUUGUGCCAGGGCGUGUGCGCAUCUCGUGAAAGCUGUGGUGGCUAGGGCCUGGAAAGAGGAAGAGAGGGAGAAGUUUGGAGGGGAUCGGAUAGAGAAAGCCACGUUGGAUUAUCUGAACAGCGAGUUCGAAGGCGGAAAAUGGACUGGUAAGAUGAGAGCUGUUCUGACAUUGGGAAGGAAACUCUGAUCGACCGAAGUCCUACGGGACAUGUUUGUCGACGAAAUUUUGCAGCCGCCCAAGCUUGUCGUCUGGUCGUAAGCUCGAAUCUUACACAAUGAUUCAAUACCAGCUUAGAUUUUGACCUGCUGCACACUAAUAGUCGAAUAGAGACCGAACCGGCAAUACCAAAGCACAAAUUCAUACUCCUUUCGCCGUC